AUGGCUAACUCUACAUCAGCUACUUUCUUUAGAGUUGUUGGUAGUGAGCUCAUUCAGAAGUAUUUGGGAGAUGGUCCCAAGCUUGUGAGGGAGCUUUUCAGAGUUGCUGAUGACCUUUCACCAUCAAUUGUCUUCAUAGACGUGAUUGUUGCUGUUGGUACCAAGCGAGGUGAGCGUGAGAUCCAAAGAACUAUGUUGGAACUUCUGAACCAGCUUGAUGGAUUUGAUUCAAGAGGAGCAGAGAGAUUUGGAUAG